AUGCAGCUUCAGAAGCAAUUACAAAAAGAAACAGAAUAUUAUCACAAUGUCCUAAAACGGGCUAUUGCUGUGGUCAAAUUUUUAAGUAUAAGGGGCUUACCAUUUAGAGUUUCCGAGGAAGUAUUUGGUUCUCCACAUAAUGGAAAUUUUAUGGGUGCUCUGGAGCUGUUGGCAGAGUUCGAUCCAUUCAUUCGUGAACACAUUGAACAACGAGAGCUGCGACCAAAACCGAUAAUAUCGUACUCAUCAAACACAGUAUAUGAGGAAAUAAUUGAGAUUAUGGGCCGACAGAUAAUUAAACAAAUUAUAACUCACAUAAAUAACGACGACACAAAGUACUAUUCAAUUGUGAUGGAUUCUACUCCAGAUCUAUCUCACAAUGAUCAACUUGCUAUUGUAUUACGAUACUGUUUUCGGAGAAAAGGGCAUGAAAUAUGUGUAUCCUUCAUUAAAAUUAGUAGUCAUACUGACUUACAUUUAUUUAAUAUUCUACAAGACUUUUUAGAAACAAAUGGACUACUACUGGAUAAUUGUAGGGGACAAUCUUAUGACAAUGCUGCUAAUAUUACGGGUCAGUACAAUGGUGUACAAGCACUACUAAAACAAAAAAAUAAAUCCGCGGAUUAUGUGCCAUGUGCUGCGCAUUCCCUUAACCUAGUUGGUGAAGAAUCUGUUAAGGUUGCAACCGAAAUUGUGAACUUUUUUGAAGUAGUGCAAAAAAUAUACGUUUUAUUUUCUACUUCGACCUAUAGGUGGGAAUUGUUAAAUCGUGAAACAAAACUCAAAUUUACGUUAAAAAGUUUAAGCCAGGCCAGAUGGUCUUGUCACUAUGAUGCUGUCAAAGCUGUGAAAAAUAAUUAUGAUGACAUUAUGAAAAUUUUCGAAAGUUUCAGCGAAAAUGAGGGUGAGAAAAUUGAUUUCCGGAAAGAGAGCCCUGGUUUAGAUAUUUGUGAAGGCAACAAGUUAAUUGUGCCAUUAAAAGACUUCGUACACAACAUAAGGCACCAAUCAGAUCAGAAGCUAAAGGAAUACGAAGAGAAAGCUAAAAAAUUAAGUACUAGUGUGGGAAUAGACAUAAACAAGAGACGCAUUACUCCAAAAUUUUCAGAUAAGUCUACAGAUAAAUUCUUAGUAUACGGUGCAGAAAAAUUUAAAAGAGAAACGCUAAACGUUGCGUUGGAUAAGCUGAUUAUGGAUUUAAAUAAAAGGAGCCAAGUCUAUGAGAUGUAUAGCAAGAAAUUCAAAUUUUUAAUGGAUUUGCAAGACAAUAAUAUGGAAAACUUAGAUCUGGAAAGUAUACGUAAUAUUGUUGAUUAUUAUCCAGAUGACGUAGACGAGCAUUUAGUAAAUCAGUUAAAAUCUUAUUUACUUCAGUCUACGACAGAGUCUUCCCCUCUUGCAGUGAAAUUUUUAUGCUAA